AUGGACUUUGCAGCCUUGAUGGGCAAGGAGCUGUCCAAGAGCAAGAAGCCCGCGAGCGACGACAGCGACAAUAAGAAGAAGUUCCUCAAACGAUCCGAAGUCGAAGCGGAGCGUCGAAAGGCCUACCAGGCUGAGCAGGCUGCUGUGGAAAAGGAGCGCGAAACCAAAGCCGCCGCGAAGCGCAAGCUCGAGGAAGACACAGCUGCCGAGAAGGAAGCGCGCGACGAGAAGCGACGGAAGCUGGCAGAAGAAUCGCGGCGGAGGCGCGAGGAUCAAGAGUGGGAAGAAGAGCAGGCAAAGCGCCGGCGGUUAGGCCUGCCGGAGCAGGAGAAACCGAGCCAAAAUGACGAGGGCAACGGCGUGGCAGCCGCCGACGACGUGCCGGACGAAGAGCUGUUUGCGAAGCUGCGCGAGCUGGGGCACCCGGCAGUGCUGUUUGGCGAGACCCAUGCCGGGAGACUGCGGCGCUACAAAAAGGCUAGCACCGUGCUGACGGACGGACCGAUCCCGACAACGCUGAAGCUGGUGGACGAGAAGGACAUGAAGGUCGACACGGUGCCCGGCGGGAAGGAGGAGCGCGAGUGGCUAUACAGACAGCUCGCGAGCUACUUCACCAUGGUGCUCAGCACAUAUCAGCGCACCAUGGAGCAGGAGAGACGCGAGACCAGCGCGAGCAAGAUUGCCUACAAUGCGAUGCUACAAACCAUUGAAAACAUGAAGCCGCUUUUUCGAAAAUUUGAAACUGGCGACCUCGACGACUCGCUCCUGGAGCCCAUUGUCGAGAUCGUCAAGGCCCUGCAGGAGCGCCGCUACGUUGACGCCAACAACGGCUACCUCCGCCUGAGCAUCGGCAAGGCGGCGUGGCCCAUUGGCGUGACCAUGGUGGGCAUCCACGAGCGAAGCGCGCGCGAGAAGCUUCACGACGGCGAAAAGGGCCACGUCAUGGGAGACGAGGUGACGCGCAAGUUCUUGCAGAGCAUCAAGCGCUGCCUAACGUUUGCGCAGGUCCGCUGGCCGCCGGAGGACUUGCGGCAGCUGAUGGGAUAG